AUAACAUCAUCUUGAUUGUUUUCUGAUAUUCCACUAUUUGUAAUUCAAAUAUUUGUUAUCGGGGGAAUCGCAUGCCCUAUAAAAGAGAAGUCAUAACUCAAGAUUACGAUGAAAAAAUAUGAACCGAAAAUAGAAAUGGCGUGAUUUUUGAAGUUCGCUGAAGGUGGUCCGAGUAUGGUAUAUGCACCAAAUUCAUCGCUUGACGGAGAUGAUGGAAACGAAGGCAGAAUCGUAGAUAUAGUAGAAGGAGUUUUUAUAGUAGUUCUUGCAGUUAUUGCUAUUAUUGGGAAUGGCUUGAUAAUCUACGUGAUUUAUCGCAAUCGAACUUUGCACGUUUUGAGAAACUUGUUCAUCGCUAGUCUCUCUCUUUCCGAUUUCUGUAUGGGUUGUACUGACGUUCUCUAUCAAGGGAUUGGAAAACUCGUACCGAAUUACAAACCACCACAUUUCUCGUUUUGUUACUUUGUCCUUUUUUGUGGAGUAUUGUUUGGAUCUGCUUCGGUUUUUAACUUAACAGCAAUGACGAUCAACCGUUAUAUUGCUAUCAGCUAUCCACUUCACUAUAGCCAAUAUGUAACUUCGAGAAGGUCGGCUAUGAUUUUGUUGCUUCUGUGGCUUGCAGCGUGUUGCCUUGCACUUCCGCCUUUGUUGUGGCGGCCAGUGGAUGUAGUAUGCUAUAGCACGACUCCUUCAGAAGAACACUUGGUCAAUGAAAUUGCCUAUAUGGCRGCUGAAUGGAUAUUCUGGUUUGUCAUCCCCGCCUUGAUCAUUUUGGUUGCUUACUGUCGAAUCUAUCGCAUUGCGAAGAAUCAAGCGCGGCAGAUCGCAGCUAUGGAAAUGUCCCAACAAUGCGCCGUGGAUGAAAACCCUACCAACCAGCUACCUGGUGCCGCAAAAACAAUGAAUCCUAAACUGAGAAUUUCAACUUACAAAGAGAAAAAAGCCGGAAGAAUGGUGACUAUUUUGAUCGGGUUUUGGUUGUUCUGCUGGCUUCCUUUCUUCACAGUUUUGACAAUUCACAAGUUUUUACUUUCCGAAGGAGUUCCUCCAAUACUCAUGAGAAUAUUCCUUGGUUUAAUGUUUAUGAAUUCGGCUGGAAACCCGCUUCUUCUCACCAUGUAUAACAAAGAGAUGAAAGUUGCGCUCCAUCGGUUGUUUUCCCAACGAGCUUCUCGAGGCCGGAAUUCGAUUCCAAGCAAUGAAGUUGAACUAACAAGCGUCCGACGAGUGACUCAUCCCCAUGUAACUACUAGCUAGUAAGACCAUCAUAGAGCUAGUCCUACAAAUCACUUUACGAACCAUYAUGUACACCGAUUUUAAGUAAUUGCUUCAAUUUUUAUUAUAUUCGCUGUCGAUGAGUGAUUUCUUUAGCGCAAAUUUGAGGGAUUUAACAUUUUUAAAAAAUUAUUUCUAUUUUUAUUACACAGAAUUUUAUCGAUAAACUUUACUUAACAGGAGAUGAACUUCUUAUGAGUUAUCAUUAAGUGAACGCAGAAAUUAAUCAAAAUGUUGGGCCGCAUUGAAUCUUAUUGUUGCUAAGUCAUAGUUCUUGGCAAGUGCGUUGGGAGCAAGGCAAGAAAUCCAUAUUAGCUAGCCAUUCCGAGGUUGAGAAAAAAACUAGGUCGAGUUGCACUGCAACGCAUUUUGGGGCUGUUUAGGGA